AUGAGGCAUAGAUGGUUAAACGUUUUGUCCGUGGUAAGUGCAGCACAGUACUAUAACAUCCCGAUUACAGAAUUGUUUUGCUUUGUUCUCGAUUAUGAGGAGGAACAUAAAUAUGUUGAAUGGUACAGAAACCGAAGCGUACAAGAUACUGGUCGCUUAUGCAAAGCGAAGCAUCGGAAAGCAUUUUUAACAGGUUAUCAAGGUGUAGGCACAUUUUUGCAAUGCCUUUCAUCUUACUGA